ACCGCGGAGCGGCGGGCGGCGCGCGCGCGCCCGAGCGGCGGCUGUUGGAGAAGUGGAGCGGCGGCGGCGGAGGAGGGACUGAGUGGCGGCGGCCCCCGCGUCCCGGUUUCUCUAUGGGGGAAGCAGACAAUGGAUUAUGAUUUCAAGGCGAAGCUGGCGGCGGAGCGGGAGCGGGUGGAGGAUCUGUUUGAGUACGAAGGGUGCAAAGUGGGACGCGGCACCUACGGGCACGUCUACAAAGCGAGGCGGAAAGAUGGAAAAGAUGAAAAGGAAUAUGCACUGAAGCAAAUUGAAGGCACAGGAAUAUCCAUGUCAGCUUGUAGAGAGAUUGCACUUUUGAGAGAACUGAAGCACCCUAACGUGAUCGCAUUGCAGAAGGUGUUCCUUUCUCACAGCGACAGGAAGGUGUGGCUGCUGUUUGACUAUGCAGAACAUGACCUUUGGCAUAUUAUUAAGUUUCACCGAGCAUCAAAAGCAAAUAAAAAGCCCAUGCAGUUACCAAGAUCCAUGGUGAAGUCGCUGCUGUACCAGAUUCUCGACGGCAUCCAUUACCUCCACGCAAACUGGGUGCUCCACAGGGACCUGAAACCAGCAAAUAUCCUAGUAAUGGGAGAAGGCCCUGAAAGGGGGAGAGUCAAAAUAGCUGACAUGGGUUUUGCCAGACUAUUCAAUUCUCCUCUGAAGCCACUCGCAGAUUUGGAUCCAGUGGUUGUGACGUUUUGGUAUCGGGCUCCAGAACUUUUACUUGGUGCCAGGCAUUACACAAAGGCCAUCGAUAUAUGGGCAAUAGGCUGCAUAUUUGCUGAACUGUUGACUUCAGAACCCAUUUUUCACUGUCGUCAGGAGGAUAUAAAAACAAGCAAUCCUUUUCAUCACGAUCAGCUGGAUCGGAUAUUUAGUGUCAUGGGGUUUCCUGCAGAUAAAGACUGGGAAGAUAUUAGGAAAAUGCCAGAGUACCCAACACUUCAGAAGGAUUUUCGAAGAACAACGUACGCCAACAGCAGCCUCAUAAAGUACAUGGAGAAACACAAGGUCAAGCCCGACAGCAAAGUGUUCCUCCUGCUUCAGAAACUCCUCACAAUGGAUCCAACCAAGAGAAUCACCUCAGAGCAGGCUCUGCAGGACCCGUACUUUCAGGAGGACCCCUUGCCAACAUUAGAUGUGUUUGCUGGCUGCCAGAUUCCAUACCCCAAAAGAGAGUUCCUUAAUGAAGAUGAGCCAGAAGAGAAAGGUGACAAGAACCAGGCACAGCAGCAGAACCCGCACCAGCAGCCCACAGCCCCUCCACAGCAGGCAGCAGCGCCCCCACAGGCUGCUCCACCACAGCAGAGCAGUGCCCAAACCAAUGGGACUGCUGGGGGAGCUACGGCGGGGGGCGGGGGCGCUGGAGCUGGGCUGCAGCACAGCCAGGACGCCAGCCUGAAUCAGGUGCCUCCAAACAAGAAGCCCCGAAUUGGGCCUUCGGGUGCAAACUCAGGCGGUCCCGUUAUGCCAUCGGAUUAUCAGCACUCCAGUUCUCGCCUGAAUUACCAAAGCAACGUUCAGGGGUCCUCUCAGUCCCAGAGCACGCUAGGCUAUGCCUCAUCUCAGCAGAGUACUCAGUACCACCCGCCUCACCAGGCACACCGGUACUGACCCACUGCCCUCUGCUUGGCCCAGGACAGCACAGAGCCCAGACUCCAGCAGGGCGGUAUCUGCACUGCAAAGAACCCCAGAAUGAAGACUGCGAGGCCGUGCAAAGCGCAGACACUUGAGAGAAAACCUUUGCAUGCUAAGCGUUUUGAAGGAUUAAGAUCUCUUCUUCAUGGACUUAAAGAUGAUUCUUGUGAAGUGUCCCCAGCCGUCUUCCCCGCAUGAAAUUCUCUGUGACUUUCCUGAUGAAGCGUCUGAUACCCAGCACUUCUGUGUCCUUCAGCAGACUCUGAAGGAGUUUCUGGUGCACCUUUCUCACGCUGUAGCAAUCAUUAUAAUUUAUCUUUUCUUAGGAUUUCAGUGUUUGAGGAACAGGGUUCCAAUGGUGUAUAGUUUUAUAAUUCAUGAACUGACUUAGCAACACAAGUCAAACGCACCUUUAAAGCACUACACAGUCUUCACAGACUAACUGGUUUGCUCUUGGAAGUCUUAAAAAGAAACUGUUACUGUCCCAAAGUACUUUACUAUUAUGUUUUUAUUUAUCUCUUUCAGGGAAGGUCUAGUAAAAGACAAGUGUGGGACAGAGGGUGCCCACAACCAAAACCAGCUUAGGUCUGUGCAGCCGCCAUGUUUAUGCCAUGAAGCACUGAAGUACUUGGUGGUUUUUAUAUCAUCGUUCAUAAGGAACUCAGUUCCCAGAAUCAUCAUAUUCUGAAUAAUAGUAAUUAAAAAUUAUAAUUUUAACUUCAUGUAGCUAAGUCUACUUUAAAAGGGGUUUCAAGAGCUUUGAUGGGAUGCGGUCCUUUAGGACCCACCUGGGAAAUCUGAAGAGACUGUUAACUGCACUAGGACUUCACAAAGAGCCAUGCUGAUCAAUGGACACGUCUCCCCGGGAGGAAAAGCUUCCUCCU